AUGAUGAGGUUCUUGCCUGCUUGUCUGUCGUUGUGGGCGACUAGUGCAAUUGCGCUAUCAACAUACAAGGCCGAUGGCUCAAUUCCAAUACUGACCCCCACGAUCCCUGCGACGAUUCCGAGCGAUGUGGAAGCGCCAGCAGUGACUCCUCGGGCCCUCGGCGUGUCCGCUGAAGCCCUUGGGUAUGGGAUCACAACCACGGUCACGAUUACUGUUGGAAUUACAAUUGACAUUGGGGAGACCGUAACAUGCACCGAGACGGUUACUCAGAAGCAAACGGUCACCAGAACUAUCACUGGCGAGAGAACCACAGUCACUCGGACACUCACGAAUGUUUCGACGGCAACAAUAACAGUUACAACUGGUGGCACGACCGUGACAAGCGUUUCCACAUCCACGAUUACCCAGCCAGGGUCAACAAUUACCCAGCCGGGCUCGACCGUCACAGCACCUGGAUCGACAAUUACUCUACCUGGGUCGACUGUUACUGAGCCAGGCGCGACAGUCACUUUGCCUGGCUCUACGAUUACUGAACCUGGUUCCACGAUCACUGAGCCCGGAUCGACUGUUACUCUGCCUGGAUCGACUGUCACUGAACCUGCCUCGACGAUUACUCAACCAGGAUCUACAGUUACUCUACCUGGCUCGACAAUUACUGAACCUGGCUCCACGAUUACUGUCCCUGGAUCUACGGUUACCUUGCCUGGAUCGACUGUCACCGGGCCUGGCUCAACAAUCACUGACCCUGGGUCGACAGUUACCCUACCCGGAGUCACUGUUACUGAGCCUGGCUCGACGAUUACCGAACCUGGGUCAACGAUUACUGAGCCUGGAUCUACGGUUACCCUGCCCGGAUCCACAGUUGAAACCACAAUUGGUGGCUCGACUGUGACUCUCCCAGGCUCCACGAUCACUAUCUCAGGAUCGACCAUCACACUUCCAGGUACUACAAUCUCUGGCUCUGUGAUUACCAUUCCAGCAUCGACCAUCACAAUCCCGGCCUCGACAGUAACGACUACAAUAACCCAGCCUGCAAGUACCAUCACGCUACCCGGCGGGACCACCACUUUGCCAGGAUCAACAAUAACCUCCACGAUCACAUACCCGGCGAGCACAGUCACCAUUAUUGGAUCUACAACAAUCAUCGACACAGUCACUGUCCCAGGCCCAACCGAGACAGUGCCUACGACAAUUACCGAGACCAUUCCUGGGCCAGGAACAACUCAAACACAGAUAUCCAGCAGGACGGUUACCAGAACUGUUUCACUAUCUGUAUGCUCAACCCUUGUUGCCAACCCGACGUACACGCCCGCAAGUGCGCUUCCAGAGGACUAUACCUGGGGCUGCCCACCUGGUUAUCUCUGUAAGCCUCCUCAUACAGGUGACCGCGCUGGCUGUAAUAUUGAAGCUGGUCUCCCCGCAACUGGAUAUGUCUGUGCACCUUCAGAGUGUGUGAUUACUCCUCCCUUGAUCUUCAACCACUCGAUUGAGGGUGGCCAGCAGUACAACUUUAGCAGAGACUACUACAAUCUCGAUCCACAGGAGUUCGGUCUGAAUUAUAGCAUCUUCCAAUAUACUGAAGAGUAUGUGGUGGCAAGCAGCAAGCGAAGCAUGUUCGCCCCCCUCGGAGACAUUUUCCUCAGCCAAAAAGAAAAGAGGGACUUGGACAACAUCCCUCCUCUCUGCUACAAUCCCUGCAACGAUGCUGCUCUGGAGGUUCAAGCUCUUGGCAAGGUACCAGAGCUUUGCCAGAGUGACUCUGCCUUCGAAAUAGAAUUGGGCAAUUGCGAGUCGUGCAUCAGUCGUUGGGCCUCGACACCGUCGGAUGUGUAUUCACAAACUCUGUUGCCCUCAUUCUCCCAGUGGCUCAAUUACUGUGAUGAUGUGACAACGACUGCUGUCAGUACGACGACGACUGCUGCCACUACCACAGCACAAUCAACACCAGCUAGCACUACUGCUCAGAGUACGGCUACUAGCACUGCGGCAGGCUCAACCAGUGACUCUACGGCGACCGCGCCGACGCCCACCGCCACAGGAGGAAGUACUCAGACGACUUCAUUGGGCAGUACCCAAACUGGUGAUUCGAGUGGAUCCACGACCGGAAAUUCAAGCACUGGUGACUCAGGCUCUGCUGGAUCAACUUCCGGUGCUUCGGAUGCGGGUGGCUCGACUAUUGCUGGGUCUGGUGUAAGUGGCUCGAUUACCGGAGCUAGCACCCUAGCAACCGUCACAGGAUCAAACUCGGCUGGAGCAAGUGGAACAUCUGGAGACAACAACACAGAUUCAUCCUCGGGCUCAGCGGGCACGGACUACGGUGCGACAGGCGUCGAUGCUACACGCGUUGGAGCUACCGGUGGAAACACCUCUGGCAAAGCGCCCACUCCAACGAGCUCGCGUGGUGUCGGUGGCUCAUCUGGCACAUCUGGAAGCCAUUCUGGCACCGCGAGUGGAUCUGCAUCUUCUCCAGCGUUCAAUGCGGCUCCAUCCGCGAUGAAGGUUCCUCGUACGGGCUUAUUGGGUCUCUUGUUGGCGAUUCUCGCGUCUCUCCUUUAA